GACGUGGUGUUGGCCGCCUGUCAGUGAUGGCGGGGACGGCGUUAAAACGACUGAUGGCUGAAUAUAAACAAUUAACUUUGAAUCCACCAGAGGGGAUUGUAGCUGGCCCCAUUAAUGAGGAGAAUUUCUUUGAAUGGGAGGCUCUAAUCAUGGGCCCAGAAGACACAUGUUUUGAGUGUGGUGUUUUCCCAGCAAUCCUUAGUUUUCCUCUUGAUUAUCCACUUAGCCCUCCAAAAAUGAGAUUUACCUGUGAGAUGUUUCAUCCAAACAUAUAUCCAGAUGGGAGGGUGUGCAUCUCCAUCCUGCAUGCCCCAGGAGAUGACCCCAUGGGUUAUGAGAGCAGUGCUGAGAGGUGGAGCCCUGUUCAGAGUGUGGAGAAGAUACUGCUUUCUGUUGUGAGCAUGUUAGCAGAGCCCAAUGAUGAAAGUGGAGCAAAUGUGGAUGCCUCAAAAAUGUGGAGAGAAGACCGUGAGCAAUUUAACACAAUUGCAAGACAGACUGUGCAGAAAUCAUUAGGGCUGUGAGGAGACCUAUCAGUAUUUUAGAAAGUGUGAUCCCAAAAACUUUUGUAUGAACGCUUUAUGGACUCAAAUUAGUGCUGGGCUCAGUGGAGAAAUGUUUAUGUUGUAACUUUUUCUAGUUUGAGCUUGAUUAUAACAUCACGCAUCCCUUGUAUUUAUCACAGCUUAGUAAAUAUUGCAUGUUUAAAAAAAAAUCUAGUACUUGCUGGCUGCUUCCUUAUUUGCAACUGCAAUUAUUCUCUGUUUUUAAAAAGCCGGUUCAACAAAUCAUCAGACAUACAAACACCACCAUUGUUCUAUACUUUGUGUGUUAUUUUAAAGACUUGACCCAGUAAUGAAGGGAUAUAGGGAUAGGGAUGUUGGCUUAGAUUAUGACCAGUGUAACAAAGGGUACAUUGAUGCAGCAGGAAAACAAAAAUAUGCACAUUUUGGCUCGGACAAUCCUCAGUUGAGCUAAGUGCUUGGUAACGUUUGUGGCUGUAGCUCCUGUGGUACUCCAGUAAGCUUACCACAACUUUAGUUUCGGUAAAGUAGCUUAUUUCUCAGCAUGAGAAACUUUUAUACCUGCCAAGGCUGUGUUAAUUACUGGCUGUAGUAAUCACCAGAGAACUCUAGUAUGAACCAUUUUGACAAAAAAACAGAAAAAAUAUAUUUCUCCAUGGGAGACCCAUGAAAAUAUCCCAUGCUGUAGAUGUCACACUACUGUCAUACUGUAAGCUCUAAUAUAGAUCAGUGGAAGCAAUUUUAGGUAAUUUGAUGGGCAACGUACCCUUAACUGCUGUGUGUGCCAUGGACCUUAAACCAUGGAUCCUCAAAUAACUUUUUUUCUUAUAUAUUUAGUAAGUGAAGAAUACUAAUUAAUGGGAAAGUCUGAAAUAAUAAAAAAGUUAUAUAUAAAACCAGCAUGGUAAACACAAAGUGCAAUAACAGAGUCUGAGCUUUUACUUUCUUUGUUUUCAGUUGGCUUUUCACAAUAGGUCAUCAUAAUUAAAUAUGACAAAGUAUAUUUACUAAGCAUUUCAGCAUUAUGGCAUUUAAAAUAUUAUUCUGUUGUGUCUCUCCUGAAAAUAUCCUGAAUAGUGGUGGUCUAGAGCAGGGGUCCCCAACCACCGGGCCGCGGCUCAGACAGUCCUGAACUGGGCCGUCGAACAAUUAACGAAUUGGACGCUGGCGCACCCAAAUUUGAUGCCGACCUCUCCCUGACCCCUCCCCGACCCCUCUGACCCCCUCCAUAGUCCUCCCGACCCUAUUGACCCCCCUCCCUGACCCCCUGGCCCUUGGAAAACAAUUUGGCUUUUUUUGGACCCGGGCCAAAAAAGGUUGGGGACUCCUGGUCUAGAGUAUAGUGGGCAUGUAGAAAAUAAUGAGGGCUUUAUGGCAUGGUCACCUGGUGGAUUGAGUAGCAGAUUCAUUUGUGAGCACAGAAUCCCUGAAUCCCUGCCAUUGCCCAUUCUAUCUGUGACUGCCCUUCUUAGUACUUGAAAUCUCUGCAGUGCUUAAUAAUACAUUGCAUGCUUUUAAGCAUCAAUAGAGUCAAACUUGUAUUAUUUAUUGAAAGGCUUUACUGCUCAUCUUGUAAUAAAUUGUAGUGUGUGUAAUAAGGGAAUAAUAAAAUACGCAAUGCUAAA